AUGGUGCACGUCAUGGGGCCAUCAGGCCGGCAAGCAAAUGCAGCCACCUUCGGCUCGGCAAGCUUUCAGGCUUGGAGAAAAGAGUCCGCUGAAAAGUUACAUCCUCAAGGUCACCCACGCUCUCUACAAAUCAUCCAGGAUGACUAUCGUCUCGGCUUCAAGGUGUACCAGGAGCUUCCUUGCGAAAUUAUCACUGAUACAUUCUUGAUUUAUAAUGCCAAAGUAGAAAAUGGAGAGCGGGAGGAAGAUGACGAGCAACUCAGGGCCAUGACUACCCUCCGCAAUCUGGCGCGCAAAUUGCAGGACGGCACCUGA